AUGCACCAAUUCGUUUUAAUCAUCAGUAUUCAUUCCGAUCAAAAAAUACAAGCAUUAGCUAAUUUUGAUGGUUUAUGGAUUGAUUUAGAUGGUGCAAGUGUUCGUUUAAUAGAGAAUGUUAAAAUAGCUCCAAUGCUUGAAAAACCAUAUAAUCGUAUUUUAUCUUCAUUAUUUCAGGGAAAUAUAUUUUUAAGAACCCAAAAUUAA